AUGAACAGCAAAUCAUCGGAAAAUCGAGUAGGAACAACGAAUAACAUAGAUGAUUCGGAUUCCAUUAAUAUUGCCUCUCCUCCAUCCAAUUUCGACCAUCAUCAAACAUCCUCCUCAACUCCCUCAGAGCAACCACCGUCAGGAUUGGAAAACAACAGCGUUGAAAGAUCAGAAAUUGAAGAUAUCACAAUUUCAACAACACAACCAACCACACCUAACGACAACAGUCAUAUGAAGGAUGAAAGUGCCAAUCCAUCCACUCUGGCAAUCAAACCUCUCAAUCCCUUAAUUCCAACUCUUGUCACCUCUCCCAUCGCCGUAACACCCUCGACCUCAAAACUAAUUCAACUUUCCCCUAGAGCUCAAUAUCUUCCUCAUAACAUGCAUCUCAAUAUUGAUAACUUGUUAAUUCAUCAUGGCUCUGAGCGACUUGCAUCUCCUUCUCGAGCACUUGUAAAUAACAUUAUACACCAUCUCUCCCCACACCAUCUUUCACCUCGAUACCAAGCUGUUGUCUCUACAGAAGAUGAAGAUAGCAGCAACACAAUGAAUGAAGAAGAUGACGAUGAUGAUGAGGAAUUGAAUAUAUUGAUCGAUAAUUCGACUCAUCAACCAGUACUCUUGGAACCCUCUAAAUCUAAAUCUCCGCCUCCCACGCAUAGUUUCCGAAAAACAAGUCCUUCCUUAAAAAAGAGUGGCUAUUCGGGAUCACUUACUGAUGACGAUGAAGAAGAUGAUGACGAAGAGGAGUUGGAAGAAAACAUUGAAUCGAGUGAAGAGGAUGACGAAGUACAGAUUGACAUCAACAGCCCACCAGAAGAGGAUCAAGUGGAGGGAUUUAACAUGUCAAAUGAGGACCUUUUGGAUGAAUUACAUCGUUCGAAUGCUCGACUUGCUUAUGCAGAGUCAAAGGACUCUGAGGACGAAGAUGAUAAUCAAAGCCUUAUGAAUUUUGGAGAAACAAAUCGAAAUAGCAGAAGAAGAGGCUCAACAAGUCCUUUAAUUGUGAAGUCGGCAUCAUCAAGUAAGGAAAAAACCUUACAAACUCCAACAAUGACAAGAGACAAUAAUAAGAACCAAUAUCGGUUGUACAAUUCCUUGCAAAGUCACACAAAACUGACAUUUUCUUCAAUAGAAGAAGAAGCAAAAUAUUACAAACUAAAAUAUUUAGAGAUCUCUCGAGAUUUGCAAACGAUAAGCGAGAACUAUGAAAAAUAUCAAAAAAGAAGUGAAGAAUUGGAGCAAGAAUACGAUGCAGAACUGGAAAGAUAUGAAAGCCUUCUUCAAAAGAGUGACUUGAAAAUUAACGUUUUACUUGAACAAAUCAAGCAAUUGAAAGAGGAAAUUGAGGAAAAAAACACUACUCAUUCCUUAGAAAUGAAAAAAAUGGUUCGUGAGCUUAAACGGUCUAAUGAAUCUGAAAAAUUUAGUCUUGAUCUCAUAAAAGACAUUGAAUCAAGUAAUGGGGUGUUAGAGCAAAAGAUGUCAAUGAUUCAGAAGGAAUAUGAACGAAGGUUAAAAGAGGAAGUAAACAAGCAGCGGGAACUGCAACUUUCGCUCGACGAGAUGAAGCUUACAGCUGCUGAAACCAUUGAAAAGCUUAAAAGUGAAAACAGCAAGCUUGAGAAUGACUUGUCACAUCUUCGAAAGGCAUUGGAAAGUGCAAGUCAAAGCUCCCAAGAAAUUGCAAGGUUGAACUGUGAAAACGACAGACUUUCCAAAUUGGCGGAAGAAAAGGAAAUGGAGUUGUCCAAGUUGAAAUCACUUCAAGAAAAGAAAAAGAUGCUUUUCAAGAGAGCUCGUGAAUCUAAAUCAAUUCCAAUAACACAACCAACGAAAAACGAGGAAAAGUGGAGUGCUAUUCUGAAUACAUGCAAGUCGCUGUCUGAAGGAAUAAGUGCUUGUCAACAUGUCAUUCAAAAUGUGUCAACGAGCUUGGAAAUAAGUUCCUCAAUCGUAGAAUAA